CAGGCGCCCGCCGCGUGUUUUGAGAGCGGUGGUACGGCGGCUUUGCAGGUGGAGGGGCAUUCACUGCUGGCGGAGUUGAGGGGGCGGACGAUCUGAGCAGGCGUAGGGUGUGUGCAGACUAGCAGACCGGGUUAACUCUCUAGUUUCUGAAGGAUAGGCGCUCGUUGUCCAAUGGGGAAAGUGUCAAUAACUAGCCGUGGUAAAAUGAAGUGCUCUUUGUCAGUAGAUCUACCUUGUUCGCGCAUCUGCAAAUGAUUCGAUCAAGGAAUGGAGGGCACAGGCAGUGGCUCGGAAGCGGCGCCCGCUUCUGAGCAGAAUAAGCCGCGGCCGCUUAUUGGCGAAGCUGCCGGGUCUAUGACCGUCAUCGGUAAUGGUGGUGGCCCCGCCGCCGACGGCAAUGCGCAGAUCCUGGGGCGGGCGCGCAACCUGCUGCUCAUCUCCCAGCUUCUCGACAUGGGCUUCGAUGUGAAAGCGGCAGAGGAUGCGCUCCAAGCCACCGGCGGGGGCUCCGCCGAGAAGGCGGCGGACUGGCUCCUGGGAGAGCGCGGUGCGGGUGGUACAAAAGCGGGGGGCCUCGAGCCCACGAAACAGACGACAGUCAACCAGUUCUUCAACCCCCCAGUUGCGAAACGAGCGGCCUCGGCGGACCCAGACGAUAGGGGAAAGGCGUCCCUUUGGGCGCGGCGGGGGGCUGAAGCAGAGGGGCGGCCGGCAAAACUCCAGCGGUUGGAACCCCCCCCGGCGAAGCUCGCGCCGCUCGAGGGCCUCGUGACCCCCCCGAAGAAGCAGGCAAAGUUCACCCCCCUGGCAGAGAGACUGCGGCCGCAGACUCUGGACGAUCUGGUGGGGCAGGAGCAGCUCGUGGGUCCGGGGACGAUGCUCCGGAGCUUGAUCGUGAGCAACGCCGUCCCGUCGAUGAUCUUCUGGGGGCCCCCGGGGAGCGGGAAGACGACGCUGGCGAGGGUUAUUGCCAGACAGGUUUCGAGCAGGUUUGUACAGCUGUCGGCCGUGACGGCAGGUGUGAAGGAAGUAAGGGAAGUGCUGGAGGCGGCGAAGAACGCGCGGCGGAUGGGCCAGCGCACACUGCUGUUUGUGGACGAGACGCACCGAUUCAAUAAGAGCCAACAGGACGCUUUUCUGCCCGCUGUCGAGGCGGGCGACGUGACCCUCAUCGGCGCCACCACCGAGAAUCCCUCCUUCGAGCUCAACGCGGCGCUCCUCUCGCGGUGCCGCGUCUUCACGCUCAGCAAGCUCCAGCCGGAGCACAUCAAGGCCGUCCUGCAGAGGGCCCUGUCGGACGAGGCGCGGGGCCUGGCCAGCCUGGAGUCCCUGCAACGCGCCCCCGAAACAGGGCCCUCCGCGCCCACGAGCGGCGACGUUCCGGAGAAGAAGCCGCGGUUCGCGGCAGAGGAGGCAGCGAUCGACUUCUUAGCGGGAGCCGCAGACGGAGAUGCUCGGGCGGCAUUGAACGCGCUCGAGAUGGCCGCAGGGGCGGCGCUCGAGAGGGCGUCGCAAGUGGGAGGGCGGAGGCGAGAGGCUGGGCCGUUAAGCGAGAUUGCGGGAGCCUCGAGCGGGCCGGAAUCGGCCUCUCCCGUCUCCCCGUCCGGCCGGGGGGCUUUACCGUCGAAAGUCUCGGCGGGUUUGACGGACGGUCCGUUCGGGAGUCCGGUGGAAGGAGCGGAGUUUCCGUGGCAGCAUUGGGACGCAGAAGGGGUCCCGCCGUCGGGGCGAGCGAGCUCGGAGCCGCUGCGGAAGUCGAGCCUCGGCGGGGGGGAGGAAAAGCCCGGGGAAAGUGGCCCCCAGCGUGCCACCGACUCGUCUCCCCGGAAAGCUGACGUCGGCGGCCCCGUGGUGAUCAGCCUCGCUGACGUCAGCGAGGCGCUGCAGCGGUCGCACGUGCUGUACGACAAGACGGGCGAGGAGCACUACAACGUCAUAAGCGCGCUGCACAAGUCGAUGCGGGGGGGGGACGCAGACGCGGCGCUCUACUGGCUGGCGCGCAUGCUGCGGGGGGGCGAGGGGCCGCUGUACGUCGCGCGGCGGCUGGUACGGUUUGCGAGCGAGGACGUCGGGCUGGCGGACCCGAACGCGCUGCCGCAGGCGGUCGCGGCGUACCAGGCGUGCCACUUUCUCGGUAUGCCCGAGUGCGACGUGUGCCUGGCGCAGUGCGUCGCCUACCUCGCGCUGGCGCCCAAGUCCGUCGCCUGCUACCGCGCCAUACAGGCCGCCCAGGAGGCGGUGGCAUCAACCGGGCAGAACGAGCCGGUACCUCUCCACUUGCGCAACGCCCCCACCCGGCUCAUGAGGCAACUGGGUUACGGCAAGGGUUACAUUUACCCGCCCGGUCAAGCGGAGGAGCCGGAGCAAGAGUACAUGCCUCCAUCAUUGGUGGGCAGGAAGUUUUUGGACUGGCCGCCGCAAUCAGGGGGGGCUGGGCCCUGAAGAGGGCGUCGGGGAACCGGUCCCAGAACGACCAAUCUGCUGAGGCUCCGCUCUGAGGUUUGCUUACGAAGCCACGUGCUAUAAAGUCCGCAGGCGACUCUUAGUUACGGUUCAGGGACUGGGUGUCGCCAGAGAGCCACGUGGGGGGAUGGUCUUUUCUGAAGGGCCCUGCCUUAGUGAAAGAGUCUGGCGAGGUGUGGUUUUUGAGUUGCGGGGGAACCGGGAUCUCCUCUGCAAUCCUUAAGGGGCAGUCGCAUAUGCACCGCUUUGUAAAAGCUCGACGCCAGGCUAGUCAGACCGACCAUAAGGUUGACAAUACGUGGCUCCGAUGGUUCAAGGUGAAGGGUUUGUCUUUUGCGAAAACCACAGGCACAGGUAUAGGCACAGCAAGCGUCAAAUCGCAGGACAAGCGGUGCGAAUCGUGGCACGAUUCUUUAGCUGCACGUUGCUAGAAUUUCAGAGGCGUAGGACCGUGACCAGUAGCUGGCGUGCUGCCGUUAGUUGUAUCCAUGCUGGAUUGUCAAAUUUAGUGGUUGCGGUCCUUCCCUGUAUCAUGGACAACGCACACAGAACCGUGACAUGUACGUAUAUUAUGCAGUGCAAUGUAUAUAUAUUAGAAA